GGUGUAUUUUGUGUUGUUUAGUGGGGUAUGAGGAUUCAAGAACAGGAUAUAUGUACAAUGGAACAGAUGCCCGAGGACACAGUGGGCCGGCGGGUGCUGUGUGAUGGAGAACGGGCCACGGUGCGAUACGUCGGGACAGUUCCACCUACCACAGGAUUGUGGCUUGGUGUGGAGUGGGACAAUCCAGAGAGAGGCAAACAUGACGGAAGCCAUGAAGGAGUCCGCUACUUUACCUGCAGUCAUCCCUCAGGUGGCUCGUUCGUGCGGCCUAAAAAAGCCAGCUUUGGAGUGGACUUCCUGUCUGCAGUGAAGCACCGCUAUGAGCUGGAUCUGGACCAGGCCAUUGGAAAUGAAGUUACAAUUUCCACCAAGACUGUGAAGAUGGUCGGCUUCGAGUCUGUUCUAGAAAAACAGCGGAUGGGAAAUCUAGCAGAGAUUGCGCUCAUAAACUGUGAAGUGUCUGGUCCAGGGCCUGAAAAUGAGAUCAGGAAUAGCACACCCAAAGUAGUUUCUCUGGAUCUCUCUGGAAAUCUUCUCAGCUCAUGGGAGGUUGUGGCUGCAAUUACAGAGCAGCUAGAGCAACUGCAAGUACUCUGUCUCAGCUACAAUCGACUAGCGAUUUCCUUGAAUCCAUUCAACCUGAGCCACGCCUUCUCCCAUCUAAGGGUCCUGAUGCUUAACAGUUGUGCUAUCACAUGGUCUCAGGUGCUCCAGUGCGCCCCCAUGUGGCCACAAAUAGAAGAGCUUUUACUCAACGAUAAUAAAAUAACAGAAUUGAAAAGGCCUGUAGAUGUGCUUCAAGGUUUGAAGGUUCUCGACUUGUCCAAAAACAAUUUGAUGCAGGAAAGUGUACUACAGUUAUCACACCUGUGCAGGUUGGAGACAUUGAACCUCUGCAGCACAGGACUGUCUGCCAUUCAGUUCAGUGACACAUUACCAGGCACCAAGACUUCAGCGUUUCCUGCACUGAAGAUUCUUUUGCUUGACGACAAUCAAAUUAAUGAGUGGGCUGUUAUUAAUGAGCUGGAGAAGCUGAAAUCUUUAGUGCAGUUGUCCUGCAGUCGAAACCCGCUGAUGGAUUUGGAGAAAAACCGAAAGACGACUGUGCAGCUUCUCAUCGCCCGCAUUGGCCAGCUGGAGAUACUCAACAGGUGUCAGGUGCUGCAGGACGAUAGAAGAGGUGCCGAGCUGGAUUACUGUCGAAAGUUCGGUCGCGCUUGGCUACAGUCUGGAGGUCACAGAGAUCCGCCACUGAACCGACCCAGUGCAGAGUUUAUAGAACAGCACCCUCGGUAUCUCACGCUCAUCCAGAAAUAUGGUGCACCUGAGGAAGGUGAGCUAAAGGAGCAGAAAACUUUAGUCCUGAAAGACAAGCUGCUGACGAUUACAUUCGAGUGUCCUGAGGAUGCCGACAGGACACCCAUACAGAAAAAGCUUCCUGGCUCGAUGAUCGUUCAGAAUGUAAAGGGGCUGCUGUAUCGAUUAUUGAAACUACCACAUGCUGAGCUCACCCUCACCUACACCAGCUCAAAGAUGGCAGGAAACGAGUUCAGCAUCGACAAUGACCUGAAGUCACUCCAGUUCUACUCUAUAGAAGACGGGGACAGAAUUCAGGUCCGCUGGUCUUGAGGAUGCAGUUAGAACCCCAUGGACUCUGGACUGGGUUUAGUCUCCUUCUAGACCACGCGAACACAGCACUACACAACAAAGAGCACGUCUGACCCUUCUCUCUGUCUUUUCACCAUGUCUGGACACAAUCUGAUGCUGGAGGGUCUGUAGAGAGAAGGGUAUGAGUCGGGUAGUGCUCUUAGCUUUUUAUGUGUAGUUAUGAAAUAAGAUGUUAUGCUUUGAUUUUAGAUCCGGUAGAGAAAAUGUGAACCGUAAUCUUUUUUCCCCGCUCGAAAAGGAGGAACUUUUUCCACCGAGGUUUUGGAAACUUCUGAGGAAACAUGCUUUGCUGUCAUCAUUUAACACAAAACUGCAGCUUUCCGUGGCAGGUGGUUUAGAAGCAGUUUGUGUAAGAGGUAUUAGUUUGUCUGAGAUGUCAGACGCUGGAUAUUGGAUAUUCAGCUUUUGUCAUUAGCUCGAAACCAAGCCAAAGAGAGAAUAAUUCACCAAGUCUGUCAGAUUCUUCUAGCUCUAUUUUCCCCCUGUUAAUUUAUUGCUACCCUGUUCUCUUAUUUUUUUCUCACCUUCUACCUCUUUCUCUUUAUGACUCUUCUGCCUCUUCAAACUUUCUAACCUUCAUAUGAAAUGUUUGAAUUCAUCUAGUAGUAAUCACUGAUAUGCAGAAAUGGAUUACAGCGGGGUUAGUCAUGUUAUUUUACAUUGACGUUCUUUCUGUAUGGCAAGCAUGUAUACAGUAUAUAACAAUAAUCCACAGACUACAGUAAGAAGUGAAAGUACAGUAAUAUCUAUGGGGGGAUGGACAGCAACUAAUACGAUACUCUGUAGCAGCUUUACCCAAUAUUGCAGUUCUCUAAAUAGCACUCAUACUCAAGAAGAAAAAAUAAUGGAGAAAUAAAAGAUUCUUAAACAUGGUAAAGUCUCGACUUUGUAUCUCAGUAGAACUGAAAGGUUUCUGUUACUGCAGCCA